CACUCUUACAGUUUAAUAUCCCUGAUGCGCGGGUGAGAAUCUAGUGUAACCAGACCAAACGCUAAUUAAUACUCUUCCCGACUUUCUUUCUCCUCAUGUUGGUUUCUAACUUCCAUUGCCAUCUGAAGCUGCAGGCAACAAUAUCCCACUCCUUCUCCUUCUUCAAGGAGUAACUCAUACGGAGUAAUCAAUUAAGCAUGCGCUAUCAUAUCCCUGCUCAACGAUAUGUGAUCGAUGUUCAAUUUUGUCGCACGAAGUAUUGAAUAAUCAACUCUUCGAACGCGCCCUGGGAUUAGAAGCAGCACUCUUACAUGGAUGGAAUGUUUGGGCUUCAAUCUCCGCCGGACUACGUCGACAGACCUGUCAUGCCACCGGACGGACUGUUUGACUGUAGCUACAGUUACCACGGCAUGAUUCCUUCACCCGCGGGCGAUCGGAUUCCGAUGCUCGGCUCCGACGACCUUACUGACGCCGCCGGCAGCUUCCAUUGCUCAGUCGGCUCCGAAGCCGGUUCCGUGACUCCCGAUGCUCACUUGAGAGGCGGAGAACGGUUAGACGAUGCGGCUGCGAGUUGGGACGACCUAGGCUACGAUAACGACGGUAUUAGCUUGAUCAAAGCUCAAAUCGCCGCUCAUCCAUCUUAUCCGAAGCUCCUAGAAGCUUAUAUUGAUUGCCAGAAGGUUAGGCAACAAAUUCAAUAGUUCAAACGAACAAUUCUAAAAAAAUUGAAUAUAUAUAACCGUUUUGCUAAGUUUCUGGGUUCACUUCUCAGAACGUUUGAUUUUUCUGAUAUCUGAAAACUGCCAUGAUAUUUUUGAAUAUGAAAUGCAGCAACUCGAAUCUUAUGCUUUCUGAAAUGUUCGGUGGAAGUCGUCAAGUGUAUCUAUGUGUGCAUUUUAAAACGGGCAUGAAGGCUUCUUCGUGGAGCUUAUUGAUGAUGCAAUCACGAGUUUUGUGGUGUUUUCAGGUAGGAGCGCCGCCGGAGGUCGCAAAGCUUCUGGAUGAAAUCGGGCUCAAAAACGGCUUGCUUAAGCAUGAUGGUCGUGUGCCCGCGUGCGCUGGAGAUGAUAUCGAGCUCGACAUUUUUAUGGAAACCUACUGUGACAUCUUGGUGAAGUACAAAUCAGAUCUCUCCCGGCCAUUCCACGAAGCUACGAACUUCCUCAACAAUAUUGAGUCUCAACUCAGCAACAUCUGCAAAGCUCAACCGCCCUCGACUCGACCUGCUAUCGUCGCCGCUGCUUGCUCGACGCCGGCCGCCACUCUUCAACGAUUCUCGCAUCGCCGCAGCUCUGCCAAGGAUGACCUCUGCUGCAAUUUUCCAGUCAAUUCAAGUCAGGUAUGUACUCUUCUUCUUCUUCUUCCUCUUCUUUUCUUCUUUUUCUUCUUCUUCUUCUUCUUCUUCUUCUUCUUCUUCUCAGCCUCUUCAAUUUUCUGGUACUCUGUUAUCUUGUUCUGUGGAUUUCAGUUUUAUUUAUAAAGCAAGAAUCUGAUAAUGCAUAAAAUUGUCAAUAAUUUUUUUGAAGAAUGUCAUUUAUGUGGCAUUACAUCUAUGAAGAUAACAUUUUUACUUUGAGAUUAAAAAACUUUAGAAAAAUUUCAUAAUUGAUGUUUAAUCCAACACUGAUUUGUAAUAAUGUCACUUUUAUGACAUUACAUUUGCGAAGGUGGCAGUUCAAAGAAAAAAAUGACAUCUUCAAAGAGUAAUAAUGUCAUUCGCAUGACAUUUUCGAAACAAAAAUGACAUAUUUAAAGUGUCAAUUUGUUGAGUAACAAUGUCAGUUUCAUGACAUACUGUCAUCUUGAUAAAUGCAAUGUCAUAAAAGUGACAUUUUUCUAAUUGCUUGAAAUUUAUGGCAUUUUGAGGUUCCAAAUUAAUCAAAAUUAAUAGAGGAUAGAAGCCGAGAAUAGAGGAUCAAAAAUUUGAACAGGAUUAGAAGAAGAAGCAAAAGAGGAAGAAGCAGGAGAGGAAGAAGAAGACACAGACACACAGUCGAUGGAGGAGUUGGCUAUGCGAGGCCAAGCAGUCGAUGGGGGAGUAGCCUUCCAUGGGAGGAAGAGAUGUUCUGCGAUGAAUUGAAGAGUCGGCGGAGUGAUGCUAUGAGUUGCAGGGGCUUUUUUUUUAAUUAAGGGCAGUUUUGUCAGGUUGCCUCUUUUUAGUCCUAUUUUUGUCAAAUAAAACAUAAUAGUCCUACUUUUACAAUUUUACCUAGUUUUAGUCCUAUUUAGGUAAAUCUCUCUAUAUAAUAUGCUAAUUACGUUGCUUCUCAGACCAUAACGGUAGGGACAAUAUCAAAUGGGUCAAAUAGACUCUAACCAGUCACAGAUUAAGAGUGUUCAACAACAAUGACUAUCAUUGUUAAGACAUACGGUUCCAUUUCAAAAUCAUAUAAAGAGAUUUAU